AUGUUUGACGUUAUAUGGACAGACCCUGAUCGCGAACUGGUCGGAGAACAUCGCGCCAAAAAGGAAAAGAAGCGCGAACAAAAGGCCAAGCAGAAGGAACAGGAACAAGCGAACUCGGUCAUAACACGCUCUACCUCCGUCACCAGCACCAGAUCAUCCACUGAAUCACGCUUUGGCUUUCUUCGACCUCGAAAUGGCAGACAAUCCAAGAGCCGGGAGAAAACCAAGUCAGGGCUUCUGACUCCUAGCCAGCAUUCCUCUCGCUCCAACUCGAGGAGCUAUCAUCGCUCAGCGCUCAUGGCUAAUCUGUCUGAUGUGUCUCUUGGCGCUUCUAGAGCUCAGAAGGGAAAUCUUCCUGCUUCUGCUUCUGCUGAUGAGGCGCAUAAUUUGACGCGAGAGUCUGCUUCUUGGGUCCCUGAGCAUACUGGAGCGCUACAGACUCCUCGACUGUCAGAGUCUGAUAAGCCGGAACUAUCUAUCGACAUGCGCAUCUCGUCUGAGGCUGAUACUGAUCACCCUGUCACACCAUCAGACUCCGUGGGAGAAGGGAACGAUCCAGUGCCGCUACUACAGAUCGACUCAAUCCCCGAUCUUAUUCCAAGCAUUCGACUUCCAAAGGCACCAAGAACUCCCAUUAUCAUCAACUUCCGACCCAACGACCCUGACUCAUGGCGUCCCCCUGAAGAAUGGGAGUACCUUGACCAACAAGCUGAGGAAGCGCGACAGGCCGAGGCCGACCAAGAUGUCGAGAUGAAAUCCCAAACCGAAAGCCAAGGUCGAUCCAGCGCAGAAAUGGAGUUUGAGACGGUUAAGGCUCAAGUAAAGCAGAUGGCUGCUGCAAGCCCCGUCAUGGUGCUUGCACGUAUUAAGGAGAUUUGGAGUGUUACCGACGAAAGUUUCCAUGGGGAACUGAACAUCGAGUUGAAGCGAUGGAUGUUAUCUAUUCUCAGUCAUAUGGAUGUCGAACAAAAGACCGGCCCUGUUGAUGCCUCCGUUGCGGUGUCUGGAUCUGGCAGUGUCAACAUUUUGGCACUUUACGAGUCUCAAAUCACGGCCUCUUAUCUUGCAGCUCUAUAUCCAACCAAGCAGGUUCACCAUUUAUCCCCGGAACCUCUAUCAAACGCACAGUUCACCAAGGUUCACCCUAUGCUUGUGCCAUCAAUGUCGACAGCAAAACUUCCACUCGGCCAGCACCUUUUCGAAACCGUGUACUCACUAUCGCUUCCUUCCGUCAGCCCUUCCAACGAUAUUCCAGGGGUCCUCAAAAACAUUAGCAAGUGCUUACGAGUCGGCGGUUCACUGCAUCUCACCCUCAUCGAUCCACUCCCCUGUGCAGGAACACUCGGCCAUCGCAUGCGAUCAUGGCUAGAAGAACAUCUACUGAUCAAUCUGGAGCGACACUUCCGAUGCACGAAUCCGAGCAAACUAUUUCCAGACUGGAUGGGUGACGCUGGUCUGCGCGGCCAAGGCAGUACCCUCACCACCUCCAAAUUCUAUGCUGUAUCAGCCAGCAUCCGAAGUCAAGUCGACGACAACGAUCCUUUCGUCGAAAAAGUCCCGUCCGAACGGGAAGUCAAAGCAGAAGUGAGAAGCAUCAUAGGCCGCCUGUUGUGGAUGGAAGUCUGGGGCAACUUUGUCACCGGAGAAAAAUGGUGGUGGGAAGAUGAGGGUUGCGUCAACGAAUGUCUCCAGCUUGGCACAGUUUGGGACUACCACAUCAUAGAAGGGGUUAAACAAGAGGAGGCUCUUGCACAGAUUGAAGAAUAA